GGAGUGCAAUUUUAUUUUCUCUGCUCAUUUGUCAGAUUUGUGAAGUUGGCAGUUUUGGGGACCCUGGGGGCAUGGGCCUUGGUUGACCCAAAGACCCUCUCUCUUCCUCAGUCAGUGUCUUCAUUCAAAAAAAGUUAAACAUUAUCCACCCUAUCCACAGAUGGUCCUUAAAAAUUAACUUUGUGGUCGAAAACCUUUUGGAUGAAUGUGACUUCGGAUAUAAGAGCAUCUGAAUGAGUUAUAUUAGAUCAAGGAGGGUUACAGGGCGUUGCGCACUAAUGCAUAAUCUUCAGGUUUCGUUUAGCUAGCCUUACCAGGAAGUCCACUUGGACGAUAUUUUAAUAAAGGUUAAGCGUUAGAGCGGUUCAAUUAAACAAUAUAUCCUCAAGUAAUACAAACAUAAACCACUUGACCCCACUCCUAAACAAUAAAUAAAGUUUAAUUCGCAUAUGAGAAAAAGUGCGCGUCUUUGUUGUGAUCAUUGCGCACAGGUCAGUAAGGCGACCCAGAAAUCUAUAGUUGAUGUUAUAUGCGUGGGUGUCAGAAACCAAGCCCCCUGCCAAUUCACACAGUCUGAGCGAGCAGAAACGCCUUUAAUCGUUCAAAGAUUGGCCACAGAAGGCCUAACGUAUCCAGCGGCCUCACACUGAAGUUUGUGGUGUUGAAAGUUGGAUGUCACCCGCCAGACUGCAAGAGAAAAGAAGACAUAGCUAGCCGCUCCCAGCUUAAAACAGCCUCAUCUCUCGGCAUUUGGGUAUGCUAAGCGUUCGAGCUCAUUACUCUUCAAAGCACUGGAAUCCAACGAACGGACUUGAUGAAAGCUCACCAUUUCUGUGAUGGGGAGGCGAUAUCAGUUUCUUUUUUCUGGGUGUCACUGAAGAAAACGAGUCAGAAGUCAUAAAUUGCGGAUUCUAAAUGAAAAUACACAUUUCCUAUUUCUGGAUUUAUUAGACUAGAGACGUUAAAAAGCCAUUCUGACGCAUGCGUAUCACGUGAGCGAAGGAUUCAGGGCAUUAUUUUGGAUUUGGAAAGAGGGCCCUUAAGGAAGUCACUACUAAGUCACUUCUAAGUCGUUCACAACCGCCUGGUAAAUUACACAACAAAUGGGAUGAGGUCGGUUUUGCGCUGACUUCCAGUAGGUACCAUAUGUGCUUCUCAAGGGCCUGUGGACGUACAGGACGGGAUAUUAAUGCAUAAAUAUAAGACGUUACAAGGGGAUUCCAAAGUACCUCUGAUUGAUCAUUAAUCUGUUCCUUCCCGUUAUCAAGAAGUUGUAUCCUUGCAUAAAAUCUAGAAGUGAUAAAGGACAAUAUCUCGGUCAGCUUUCAAGAGGCCAUUGGAAAGAGACCGUCACGUGACAUCUAGUGCCAAUGUUCUUCCAGAAGGUCGUCAGGACCCUGGUAGCCGGUAACUCGAUUUUUGGAAAUGCAGAAAACGACCUACUACGACAACUCGACACUUUUCGGAGGAUACUCGUACCAGGGGGCAAAUGGUUUUGGCUAUGAUGCCCCGGCACCAAUCUUCCAGAACUCAGCACAUCUUGAGGGUGACUACCAAAGGUCUGCAUGCUCCCUACAGUCGCUCGGCACCAGCGCACCCCCACAGCCUCAGCAUGCCAAGACGAAAGAGCUUAAUGGCAGCUGCAUGCGGCCCAGUCUGCCACCUGAACACCCCCCACCCCCCCAGGUUUCCCCUCCUCAGAACGCUGUAAAUGUUGCUGCCUCAAGUGCCACCCAGCAGCCAGGUGGUAGCAGUGGUGGUGGGGCUGGCAGCGGGGGCACAGCCAAAUCGUCAUCCAAGUCGUCCUCUCUGGCCACAAACCCAGCUCUCACAAAGCAAAUCUUUCCUUGGAUGAAGGAGUCACGUCAGAACACCAAGCAAAAAAACAGCUCCCCUAGUGCAAGCUCAGCUAACGCGGAGAGCAGUGUUGGUGAGAAAAGCCCUCCGGGUUCUGCAGCUUCCAAGAGAGCACGCACUGCUUACACCAGCGCUCAGCUGGUGGAGCUCGAGAAGGAGUUUCACUUCAACCGAUACCUGUGCCGGCCGAGGCGCGUGGAGAUGGCCAAUCUGCUCAACCUUAGCGAGCGGCAGAUCAAGAUUUGGUUCCAGAACAGGAGGAUGAAGUACAAGAAGGAUCAAAAGUUGAAAGGCAUUGGCUCGUCCUCAGGGGGGCCAUCCCCCACAGGAAGCCCACCUCUCCCAAUGCAGUCCUCAGCUGGUUUCAUGAACUCUAUGCACUCAAUGGGCAGUUAUGAUGCUCCCUCCCCACCAUCUUUUAACAAGCCCCAUCAAAAUGCAUAUGCCAUGUCAACAGCCUAUCAGAACCCAAUGAAAGGUUGCCCACCCCAACAGAAGUAUGGAAACACUGCACCGGAUUAUGACCCACACGGGCUACAGGGUAACAGUGGCACCUAUGGGACACCAAACAUGCAGGGUAGCCCCGUGUAUGUGGGAGGUAGCUAUGUUGAUGCCAUGCCUGCCACUGGGCCUUCUAUGUAUGGCCUCAAUCACCUACCACACCACCAGUCGGCAAGCAUGGACUACAACGGUGCCACACAGAUGUCGGCGAACCAGCACCAUGGACCUUGUGACCCACAUCCGUCAUACACGGAUCUGUCUGCGCACCAUCCUUCUCAGGGUAGAAUCCAAGAAGCACCCAAGUUGACUCAUCUGUAGCAGGUUUGGACAAAAAAAUUAAAAUAAAAAACAGAAAAAAAGAAAGAAAAAAUGGAAGACAAAACGAAACAGACUAACCCAUGGGGCGAUGCAAUGGGGUUGAAAAAGAUGAUCCAGUGGUUUCUUGCCAUGACUAGAACACCGGUUUGUGUCAAUGUUGUCCUUCCGUUCAUAAGCGAACACACCUGAAUUUAGUAUCCAUAGGUCUGAAUACCCCUUUAAAUGAUACACUCCAUGAAAAGUGGCUAGUUUAUGCCAAGGAAUAGACUGUCUAGCUGUAUGACCUCAUUACAUCAUCCUAAAUGUUUGUGUAUUUCUUCAGCAUUAUUGCUGCAUUCUUCGCAAUUUGGAGGGCGGUACAGUAUAUCUUAAAUUUACUGUUGCAAGAAAACCACUGGAUUGUUUUCGUCCACCACCCUUAUUUCACAUACCUCCUUUUUUAAACGUCUAAAAAAACCAGUCGAUUUUUUAUUUAUUUUUAUUUUUAUUAACUUGUUCCCAAAACAGCAGUUGACUGGCACGGUGUCUUUAGCAAGAUACCGUGAUCAAGAUAUUCAUCUCUUUUAAGUCCAUUUUACACUAUGCUACCUGUCACUAUUAAUGAUAAGUGAAUAAAAUUUUGUUAUGGCUUUGACACAGGGUAAAAGAGAAGAGUUGAGAAUAAUAGUAAAUUAAAGUUCAUUCCCUCUUUCACAACUCGCUGCCCCUCCCUCUUCCUCAUACUCCUUCCCCAGUUCUUUAUCUUUCUCAAUCUUUGGGUUCGCCUACAUUAGUCCAAACUAAUAAGAAAGGCCCACAUUUUCUCAUAUCUUGACUUAACGUGGAAACAGGGUAUAUCUGAACAAAAAUGCAUGUCCGGGAAACCAAGCUAGGGCGCAGACGUCUUUGUUUACGCCUAAUGCUCUCUCGUCUGGACAUCAUUGUUGCACUUAGAGUUUACAUUUAAUGGGUGAGGAAGAAAAGUAAAUCUUAUUUUGAAUCGGAAGACCUUCAAUCAGCGUCUUUCGCUAAGUGUGUUCAAGUGAACAUUCAUAAAUAUAUAUUUAUUUGUUAUAGCCAGUUUAAAUACUUUCUUUUUUGUAUUAUUUAUCCCCAUGUAUUUAUAUCGAUAAAAAAUGUACUUUUUUAGUAUCUACCUGUUAUAAAAAAGACGCUGUGUUCUUGUCAUUGUAACAAAUUAAUUUUUAGUUCUUGUAUUUUAGAGAUAUGUAGGUUUAUGUUACCCUUGUAUAAAUAAUGUCUUGACUUGUACAGGGGGCGUAAGAACGGAAUCAAACCGUUCCCACAUAGUCGAGAUUUAGACGAAAUAUAGCGAAACAUUUUGAGAACUUCAUUUGUCCUUUGUAACUACUUUUAUUUCCUUGUUAAGAGUUGGUUGUUGAACAAUUCUUUAAUAAAAUGUUAUGUUAUUCAUUUCCACUCUAAAAGUUUAUGAGUUUACUCAAACGAAUACUGGCAAAGACUGAAAGGGGUGGGGGUGGGGAUCUCCGAGGCCUGUGAAAGAGCCCUGGAGGCCGAGCCUGUAACGGUCACGUGAAGGGAGUCCAAUAAAAUCUUCGAACACUCAUAACUGGUUAUGGAAUUAAAACAAAUGAUUACAAAUAAUCCCAAGUUUAAAGAAGAAAAGUACAGAUAACUAAGCAUAUUUUGCAUGUUGGAUCUCGAGCGAUUAUUGAACCAAAAAAAAAAAGAAAAGAAAAUAAAA